AAACGAGCGCCGUGUUCCUCAAUGAAAAUAGUCCGACCGCAUAAAGGCAGUUGGCAUCGCCAUCAGCGAUCUUUCCAGUCGCAUGCCGAAGUUGGGGACGGAUCAUGUCUAGCGAUUCUGCUGAUUACAACAGCUCAAGAGAUAGAGACCAUGGGGGGCCAGAAGGAAUGGAGCCUGAUGGUGUCAUCGAGAGCAAUUGGAACGAGAUUACGGAUAAUUUCGAUGACAUGAACCUGAAAGAGACUCUUCUCAGGGGAAUAUAUGCGUAUGGUUUUGAAAAACCCUCUGCUAUUCAACAGAGGGCGAUCAUUCCUUGUAUCCAAGGCCAUGAUGUCAUUGCCCAAGCCCAGUCUGGCACUGGCAAGACAGCCACGUUUGCCAUCUCUAUCCUUCAGCAGCUGGAGAUAGAGCAGAAGGAGACCCAAGCUUUGGUCUUGGCUCCCACCAGAGAGCUGGCUCAGCAGAUCCAAAAAGUGAUUCUGGCUCUGGGUGACUACAUGCAGGCAUCAUGUCAUGCCUGCAUUGGUGGGACCAACAUGCGAAAUGAAAUCGCUAAGUUUCAGGCUGAGGCUCCCCACAUAGUUGUCGGUACACCAGGACGUGUAUAUGAUAUGAUUAACAGGGGUCAUCUGUUCCCAAAGUAUAUCAAGAUGUUUGUGUUGGAUGAAGCCGAUGAGAUGUUGAGCCGAGGAUUCAAAGACCAGAUCUAUGAGAUUUUUCAAAAACUCAGCACAAACAUUCAAGUGGUUCUUCUUUCUGCCACAAUGCCUCAAGAUGUGCUGGAGGUGACCAAGAAGUUCAUGCGGGAGCCUAUUCGAAUCUUGGUGAAGAAAGAAGAGCUUACCCUAGAGGGUAUCAAGCAGUUCUACAUUAAUGUAGAACGAGAGGAGUGGAAGCUGGACACCUUGUGUGAUCUGUACGAGACACUCACCAUUACCCAAGCGGUGAUCUUCCUGAACACGAGGAGAAAAGUCGACUGGUUGACAGAGAAGAUGCAUGCAAGAGACUUCACCGUCUCUGCUCUGCACGGUGAUAUGGAUCAAAAGGAGCGUGAUGUCAUUAUGAGGGAGUUUAGAUCUGGCUCAAGUAGAGUGUUGAUCACAACUGAUCUUCUGGCUCGUGGGAUUGAUGUCCAGCAGGUUUCCCUGGUCAUUAACUAUGACCUUCCUACAAACCGAGAGAACUACAUUCAUAGAAUUGGUCGCGGUGGCCGAUUCGGCAGAAAGGGAGUUGCUAUCAACUUUGUCACAGAGGAGGACAAGAGGAUUCUUCGAGAUAUUGAAACGUUUUACAACACAACAGUGGAGGAGAUGCCUAUGAAUGUAGCCGAUCUGAUUUGAGCUGCAGAAUUCAACUUGUCACUUAUUCUUUUUUUAAAUGCAGUGAUAGCGGUCGUCCACUGGCAUUGUGCUUAUAUUCGAGGGGGAAAAAAACUUCUCAAUGCUAAAACUUGGAUCAAAUUUUUCGGUGUAUGUUAAAGCGAGGUGACCUAAAUGGUGGUGCCUCUUGGACAGUUGUAGAUUCUAACCUUAUGGCUGGUUGGAGCUACAAAGCGAUGGGGUCUGAAAAUGUUAUAGUUGUUUUCAGGUCUAUUUUUCCUUGGUCGUUAAGGUUGCGUGUAUUUGAUGUACUACAACAUUUAGUAACUUACUUGUGGACAAAACGGUAUAAGUGCUGUAUAAAGUCUGCAAAUUAUGUUAUGCUAACAUAUGUGCAAUGUAUUGUGGGCCUACUUUAACAGAGGCACUUGUCAUGUUAAAAUGUAGAUUCACUUGCUUUAUUUUGUUAUCUUUUGUGAAUGUGUUAAUUUAAAUUGUUUUAUUUUUAUCCCUCAUGCUCGAUUAGAUUUCCUCACCAGUUGGCUUUAUGUUGCUGAUGUGGUUUUAUCCUUAACAGAGUAUAUUGGUAUCCCCCUUGACUACUUUUGCAAAUUUCCUCCUCCCUAAUUGUAUGUCUUAAUAAACAUAAAUUGCUGUAUAAAUA